CACGCUAUAAAGUAAAAAGCUUUCUAAAAUGAAAUUAGUUUUAUAUAUUCAGUAAUAAUACAGCAAGUGCUUUUUCUAAACGAGGUCACCUCGUUGUAGUAUUCGUUUUAUAGUGACUAUUAUGAGACCUCCAAGCCCAAAAGGGGAGCAAGGUAGCUUGUCUUUAAUGUCUUUCCGCGGUCGCACGAACUAACAAGGGACUUAAUACAUCAAAGACUGCGAUGCCACAUCAGGUUGUUUUCCAAGCCGUCGUCUCACGAGUGUAACACUAGUUGGAGAUACAGUCUGCCGAAUGCAGGAAGGAGUGAAGCAUCAACGUUGGCUUGUGUGCUUGUUACCGUGCGUAUUUUUGUUAAUGGGGACGUUGCUCUGGGAUCACUACAGAGGGAACCGUGCUCUCAGUGCCUUUCCUCCGUCUUUUCGUCUUUUCAAUUGAGCACUGAUGGUGUUGUUCUAUAUGAUUAUUUUAAUCUCAUUGACAUGUAGGCUGUCUGCCUGAGUAACUUUGGAGAGGCUUGGCGACCAGGUAGGCUAACAGCGAGGGAGCAUGUACUAUCUUAUCGCCCCUGGAUUCAUUGUGUCUUUUCAAGAAAAAAGCGUUGGACACGUUAUAUGCCACCACAUGAAGACAGUUACAAAUGUUAUAAGAACAAUUUAACUAAGGGCGUUUGUUGAAACGCUAAGGAGAAUGGCUUCGAAGGAACGACUGUACGAGCUGUGGAUGUUGUAUUACACCAAGAAAGAUGUGGGUUAUUUGCAGCAGUGGCUGGAAGCGUUUGUGGCGUCCUUCGAGAGGAUUAUCGAUGUUCACUCCCUGGAACCCCGACGGCUGGAGGAGAGUGGCUCCGAGGUGCCCCAGCUGCCCAGGGAGGUGCUGGUGCUCCUGAGCACACAGCUGUGUCACAGUGCCCUGCACCUGUCUGGCCAGGAGCCCAAUGGCAGUGUGCCACAUCCACUACUGCUCAUUAAGUUCUUCAUCAUCAUCUGCAGGAACAUGGAGAACAUUGAGCCUGACAAGACCCCAGAAUUUGUGUUUGAGACCAUCAAGCUCUUAACAUUCUGCCUUAAUCAGCUGAAGCGAGGCCAUGAGGAGAAACAGUCUCUGCAAUGUGUGGUGCAGCAUAGCCUGCUGCUGUGUGAGAGUCUCUUUGACCCUUAUCAGACCUGGAGGAGACGGCAGGCAGGGGAGGAAGUGAGCGUGCUGGAGAGGAGUAAAUACAAGUUUGCCCCUCUGUCUGUUCCUGAGGAGCUCACAGCUCUCUUCCAUGACGUGCUGCAGGAGAGUGAGCGUCUCCCUGAGCUGCUGGUGGUGUGGCUGGUCCAUCUGCAGGGAGCUGUCCUCAGUGGGAGCAAGAAGAAUGGCCUGAUGUCCAUCACGUCUCCUGCGGUGGACGACCUCUUCUCUGUGCUGCGUGCCUGGUGCCUGCGGCCCUCACCGGACCACCCCAAGGACCCGCAGCUGUUACGGCUGACCCUGCAGUGCCUGACCGCCUUGCUGCACCUCCUUCACGGCAGCAGCCCAGCGGAGCGGCAGCUGGACAUCAGGCACGUCCUGGACAGCUACUUCCAGCUGCUCAACUGGAGCAGGCCCCCGGCUGACGGCGCGGACUCCAGGCUGCAGUGGGAGGAGAGCCUGGUCACUCUACAGAUACACAUGCUCAAUACGAUCCCACAGAUCCUGCAGUGUUCCGACCGAGCUGUGCUGCAGGCCAUCUUCCUCAACAACAACUGCUUUGAGCAUAUCCUCCGACUCAUCCAGAACAGCAAGCUCUAUCAGAGCAGUAGGUGUAGGAAGGAGCUUGAGGAUGUGUGUGUCCCCACCACACGCUUACUGAAGGAGGUGGAAGUGGAUCAGGUGUGGGAGAAGGGCUCGGACUGCAUCACGGUGCACGCCAUCGGAGUCCUCACCGCCAUCAUGAGCAACUCCCCGUCCGCCAAGGAGGUCUUUAAGGAACGGAUUGGUUACUCUCAGCUGUUUGAAGUGCUCAAGAGUCAAGGCCGGCCCACCAAACGACUUCUGCAGGAGCUGAUGUCCAUGGCAGUGGAGGGGGAGCACUCUCGGGCAGUGCACCUGGGCAUCAGUAAUGAGCAGCCUCUGGUGCUGCUGCUGCAGUGGCUGCCGGAGCUGGGCCAGCGUGAGCUGCAGCUGCUGGUGGCGCAGUGGCAGGCGGCCGUGUGCGGGGGCUCGCUGGCCUGCCGCACGGUGGCCGUGGAGGCCGGCCUGGUGGACACGCUGCUGGAGGUGCUGGCCCGGCCCGAGCAGCUGGACCGCCAGUGUGCCAACGCAUUGCUGGGCCUGCUGCAGGACCUGGGCUCCCUCUCGCUGCGGCCGGAGCAGCUCAAGACCCUGCUGCGUCUGCUGCGCACCGACGGCGCCUCGGCCCCGCACCCCUACUGCGCCCGCGCCAUCCGGGUCCUCUCCGCCAUGGCCACGCGCGAGGGCCGCGCCAGCGCCCUGCAGUACUUCGACCUCACGCCCCCCAUGGCGGGCAUCAUGGUGCCCAGCAUCGCCCGCUGGCCGGGCAGCGCCUUCGCCUUCCACGCCUGGCUGUGCCUCAAUGUGGAGUUUCCGCCGCUGCAGCCCGACGGCUUCUCCGCAUCAGGCCCGGCCAACGGGUACUCGGGACGCAUGGGGAAAGGGCCGCGCAGGAAACAGCUCUACAGCUUCUUCACAGCGAGCGGCAUAGGCCUAGAGGCCUUCUUCACCAUGGAGGGAGUGUUGGUGGUGGCGGUGUGCACCAAGAAGGACUACAUGGCAGUUUCUGUCCCUGAGAAACCUCUUGUGGACUCAGCUUGGCACUCGGUGGAUAUUGUGCACAUUCCAGGACGCCAGUUCUUUGGCCAGAACGCGGUCACCAUCUACAUAGACGGAGAGCAGGUCAAGACGGCCCAGCUUCGCUUCCCUGCGAUGAAUGAGCCUUUCACAUCCUGCUGCAUCGGCUCAGCGGGACACCGGACCACCACCACCACUACCUCUCCCACCUUCCCUCCCCCCUCCCUCACUGGCUCAAGCAAUGACUUGGUCUUCCCAGUUCACCCUCCCGCCCUCACCCGCUCCCAGUCCUUCCCAGCAUCCUUUGCAGCAGGCCGCUGGGGCCUCGGGGAAGCACGGGAUGCCCCAGUGCACACCAUCCCAGCGGGGCUGCAGGACACAGAGUGGGGGACCCCCACCUCCUUGGACGGCCUGCUGGGGACUGCCUUUAUCUGCCACGAGGCACUCCAGCCUGCCCAGACACGUACAUUGUACAGUGCAGGGCCGAACAACGUGUGCCUGUUCAAAUCAGAUGGAGAGCUUUCAGAACUCAACAGCAAACUGCUGCUCUACUACACCCCUCAGGCCUUUAAGAGCCAGAUAUGUCUGGACUUGUCCCCCAACCACCACUAUGACGGCCGUUUGACUGGGCACCGCGUGGUCAACUGGGACAUUAAGGAUGUGCUGAACUCGGCGGGGGGGAUGGGCGCCCUGCUGCCCCUGUUGGAGCAGGUGUCUGGCGAGGAGCAGGCGGAAGCUAGCGGGGGCCAGGAGACCUCCGAUUUACUGGGGCCAGAGCUCACCUCCUCCAGGGGCCCCGCAGGCAUGUUGCUGCCCCUGGGUAAAUCCUCAGAGGGGCGUCUGGAGAGGAACAGCGUGGCGGCGUUCCUGCUGAUGGUGAAGAACAUGCUGCGCCAUCACCCCGUCAACCAGGAGAGCCUGCUGCACUGCCACGGGCCUGCCAUCAUUGGAGCCAUGCUCAGCAAGGUGCCCAGCCGCAUGAUGGACAUGAGCGUGCUGAUGGCGUGCCAGUUCCUGCUGGAGCAGGUGUCCAGCGAGGGCAGCGGCGCCCUGCUCUCCCAGCUCUACCAGCACCUGCUCUUCGACUUCCGCAUCUGGAGCCGCAGCCACUUCGCCGUCUGCCUCGGCCACGUCCAGUACUUGUCCUCUGUGCUGAAGGAGAGUAAGCAGCGCACGCGCAGGAAGUACGGCGUGCAGUACAUCCUGGACUCCAUACGCACUCACUACAGCGUGGAGAAGGAUGGCAGCCCCCUGUCCGAUGAGAAGCAGACGGUGCAGAUCUCGCUCUUCUCCCUGCUGAAGGACUUCCUGCUGAAGUCUACCAGCCCUGAGGAGCUCCACAGUGUCCUGGCUUAUGCCUGCAUCACCUCAGAUGAGCAACAGGUGAUCAGUGCUCUGGACGUGGUGUAUAGUGUGUUGCGCUGCACCCCUCCACGGGACCAGGCCCUGAGUGUGUUGUUGGAGUGGCGAGUGGAGCAGCUCUACUGCCUGCUGCUCAAGCCCAACUUCAUGGAUGAGACACGUGAGAGGGUGUUCAGGGUGCUUUAUAAAGUGCUGAAGAGUGAGCGCGUGCAGGAGCGCAGUAAGCAGCGCAUCAAGCUUCGAGACUCGGGUUACCUCGGCCUGGUCUGUUUCCUUGGAGACACUCCCGUCACCAUGACCACCAUUCGUUGCCUCUACGAGCAGGUUUUGGCCACAGAUCCUACUCCUAACUUCCGAGACCUCCUGGCUGUGGUGUACCUGUCCCAUCGCUCUGACCUGACCGUGCGUCUAGACAUCUGUCGCAAGCUCUUCCAUCUUAUCUACGAUAACGAGGAGUACGUUCGCCAGCUGGCCCGACAGCCUGGCUGGCAGGACGGCCUGACCAAGCUCUACGUGAAGGAGUCCUACGAGUCGCGCGCCGCCAGCCAGUCGGGCUCCAGCCCCAACAGCUCCCUGGAGCCCGGCGCCUCGCGCCCCCCACUGCUGCGCCGUGACGACAGCACCACCGAGAGCCGUGCCGGCGACGUCUUCAUCCCCUACAGCACCCGGGAAGACGAUGAGGAGGAGGACGAGGAGGAGGAGGAAGAGGAGGCUCAACACGACAUUUCGGAGGGCUUCUCCGACUUCUCCUCGCAGUCGCCGCCACCACGCGCUUCCCUGAAGGGCCUCGGUGAGUCGGGUCACUUCAAGUCAUUCGACUCGACGGAGCGCAGCAGCCGCUCCUCCUCGCUCUCCAACAUGGUGGACAUCCCCGCCUCCCGGCUGGAGGAGGAGGGCCUCUACCACCCCCUCUCGCCCUUCGGUACCUCCCCCUUCGAGCUGGACCUGGGCCAGACUGCUGUUGGCGCGGGGGCGGGCGGAGGCGGUGGUGGGGCUGGUGCGGGGCCCGGCUUGGCCUCCCACACGCCUGCCGGCAGCCAGUCGGACACCCCCUCCCCUCUGGAGCACAGUCGGCCCUUCCUGGGGUCCCGGCCACGGAAGAGCUCCAGCCUGUCCAACGUACUGGAUGAGGCCAGCUACAGCACGGAGCAGCCCACUGCUGACAGCAUCUCCAACACCUCCAACCCACAGCAGGCCCCAGAGGAGGAGCUGUGUAACCUGCUGACUAACAUCGUGUUCUCCGUGCUGUGGAGAGGCGCUGAGGGCCCAGAGGACGUGGUGUGGAGGGAGAGGGGCCAGGUCUUCUCUGUCCUCACCAAAUUGGGCAGCUCCUGCCAGCUGGUCCGCCCGCCUGAUGACAUCAAGCGCAGUUUGCUAGAGAUGAUGCUGGAGUCAUCUCUGUCAGACCUGCGGGAUGCUGCAGGAGUGACUCCACCCCAUCAUCCUAACCUGCUCCGUCUCCUGCGGCUGCUCCAAGACUUCCUAUUUGCAGAGGGCACCGACAAUCACAACCUGUGGAGUGAGAAGAUCUUUGAAGCCGUAGUGAACUUGCUGGAUCGGCUACAGGCAUGGCACCCUCCUCCUGCCUCCCCCUCAGCCCCUGAGCUCAGAGAAAUGGCCCACAUCGGCCUCCGUAUCAUCACAGGAUAUAUCCAGCAACAGCAUCCACAGGUGUGUGUGAUGGCCUGUGUGAAGCUGCACAGUCUCCUGCAGACAGUGUUGUGUUUAGGCUGGGAGGAGGUCUGCUUCCUGUUGGGCCGUUUGGGCGCCCCCCUGUGGCCAGCUGGGGGCACAGCUGUCGACACCAGCAGGCAAGCCGAGACUUUUAGCCAGCUGGUGCCUAUCGUGCGGACGCUGCUGGACCAGCACGCUGACCCAGUGACCCUGCAGAGGCUGCUGCCAUCUCUGCCCCCCACCAAUGGCAGUGCCACCUUCGCCCAGGACCUGCAGGCCUACUGCAGCACACUGGAGUGGCAGGACUUCUACCACAAUCACGUGGAGGUGACCAUGGAGCAGUAUGAGCUGGACACAUUUAGCAAGAGCCACGACCUCAUGUCCAACUUCUGGAACUCCUGCUUUGACGACCUGAUGAGCACAGCUCAAAUCCGGGACAAGGAACGCGCAGAGAGCAAAGCCAAGUUCCAGGAGGUGAUCGUGGACCCCUACCUGAAGCGGGUGCGCUCGGAGAACGGGCACUACCACGGCAUCCAGAAGCAGAGCCUCAGCCAGCAGUCGGUGGUGGUCAAACACUGGAAGGCUCUUCAGAGGCUCCUCAACCACCCGAGAGCUGCCUGGGCACACAGAAUCCAGCCGGAGGUGAAGUGGACGUUGUCCAAUGCAGAGACCUACUCCAAGAUGCGUCUCAAACUGGUCCCCAACUAUAACUACGACUCUCACAGUGAAGCUGCUGCACUCAGGGAUAAUAUGGGAGCUGAAAGCCCUCGCAGUAACACAGACACCAUCCCCCUGGCCGUGGCGAAGGAGGCCAAAGUGAGUGACAUGGAGGACGAUCAACUCGGGGAUGAGGACAUGUUUCCAGUCAACCAGGUGGAGGGAGAGGAGGAGAGUCAGAAAGAAAAGCUGGUGCUGUCAGAAGACUGUGAUCUCAUCACCAAUAUCUCAGUGGUACCAGGUCGCCUGGAGGUCACCACACACCACCUGUACUUCUACGACGGCAGCAGUGAGAAGGAGGAGACCGAGGAGGGUAUAGGUUUUGACUUGAAGCGACCCCUCAGCCAACUGCGGGAGGUGCACUUGAGGAGGUAUAACCUGCGCAGGUCUGCCCUGGAGCUCUUCUUCAUAGACCAGUCCCAUUACUUCAUCAACUUCAGGAAGAAAGUGCGAAACAAGGUGUACUCUAGAAUCCUGGGGCUGCGUCCUCCCAACCUCUUCUACUUCGGCUCUCGCUCCCCCCAGGAACUCCUCAAAGCUUCCAACCUCACACAGAAAUGGGUCCACAGAGAGAUCUCCAACUUUGAGUAUCUCAUGCAGCUCAACACUAUAGCUGGCCGCACCUACAAUGACCUCUCCCAGUACCCUGUGUUCCCCUGGGUUCUCUGUGAUUACACCUCUCCGGUUCUGGACCUGGAUGACCCUGCUGUGUUCCGUGACUUAUCCAAACCCAUUGGGGUGGUGAACAAACGCCACGCGCAGAACGUCAAAGAGAAAUAUGAGAGCUUUGAGGAUUCCACGGGCACGAUAGACAAGUUCCACUAUGGCACACACUACUCCAAUGCAGCAGGAGUCAUGCACUACAUGAUCCGUAUGGAGCCCUUCACCAGCCUGCACAUCCAGUUGCAGAGCGGCAGAUUUGACUGUGCGGACAGGCAGUUCCACUCAGUGGCUGCAGCGUGGCAGGCCAGGAUGGAAAGCCCAGUUGACGUGAAGGAGCUCAUCCCGGAGUUCUUCUAUUUACCAGAGAUCCUGGAGAACAUGAACGGCUUUGAUCUGGGCUGCCUGCAGAUGUCUCAAGAGGCUGUGGCUAACGUGUUGCUGCCUCCCUGGGCCUCAUCUCGAGACGAUUUCAUCACAAAACACCGCCAAGCUCUGGAAAGUGAGCACGUGUCUGGCCACCUCCAUGAGUGGAUUGACCUGAUCUUUGGCUUCAAGCAGCGAGGAGAAGAGGCAGUGAAGGCCCUCAAUGUUUUCUACUACUGCACCUAUGAAGGGGCAGUGGAUUUGGAUGCUAUAGCCAAUGAGACAGAGCGGAAAGCUCUAGAAGGCAUCAUUAGCAACUUUGGUCAGACUCCUUGUCAGCUGCUCAAGGAGCCUCACCCUCCCCGCAUGUCUGCAGAGAGUGCCUCUCGGCGGCUGGCCCGCAUGGACACUCUCCCCCCAAACCUGUUUGAGCAGCUGGACAAGCUCCGACCUUUCGUGGAGGUGGUGAGUGAUGGCCUGCCUUUAGUGCAAGCUGUGAUUCCCCGAAAUCAGACCAGAUCCUUCAUUAUACAGGGAUCAGACGUGCUGGUGUCAGUAAGUGCCAACGGUUUGAUUGGGACCCACAGCUGGCUGCCCUAUGAUAAAAGCAUCGCCAACUACUUUACCUUCACAAAGGACCCCACUGUGUCCAACCCCAAGACUCAGAGGUUCCUGAGCGGGCCCUUUUCCCCAGGCGUGGACAUCGGGCCCAGGGUGCUGGUGGUGUCCAAUGAUGGGCGCCUGCUGUUCAGCGGAGGUCACUGGGACUGCAGCCUCAGGGUCACCAUGCUGGGCAAGGGCAAGCUAGUGGGCAGGAUCUGCCGACACAUAGACAUUGUCACAUGUCUGGCUUUGGACCUCUGUGGAAUCUACCUCAUCUCUGGCUCCCGAGAUUGCUCCUGCAUCAUCUGGCAGGUGCAGCAGCAGGGGGGCUUCUCCAGUGGACUCUCCCCAAAGCCUGUGCAGGUGCUCUGCGGACAUGACCAGGAGGUCACCUGCGUGGCCAUCAGCACCGAGCUUGACAUGGCCGUCUCGGGGUCAAAGGAUGGCACAGUGAUCGUGCACAGUGUCCGGAGGGGGCAGUUCCUGCGCUCUCUGCGGCCGGCCUGUGAGGGGGGGCUCUCCUCCCGCAUCACUGAACUGGCCCUGGGCAUGGAGGGGCACCUGGUGGCCCACGCUCUGGCGGAGGGCAGACACGCUGGAAAGGACAUGUCCUCUCUCAGUGUGUACUCUGUGAAUGGGAGGCAGCUGGCUUCUGUCUCCCUGGAGGAGCAGGUGUCUGCUCUCUACCUGGUGCAGGACCAUGUCAUUCUGGGCACAGCUCUGGGCAGCCUCCACAUCCGAGACCUCCACAGCCUGAAGCUGUCUGUAUCGCCGCUGGCGCUAAAGGUGCCCAUCCGCAGCGUGUCGGUGACUAAGGAGAACAGUCACGUCCUGGUGGGACUGGAGGAUGGGAAACUCAUCGUGGUUGGAACCGGCAAGCCAGAGGAGGUGCGUUCGGGGACGUUCUCACGCCGGCUAUGGGGCUCCACGCGCCGCAUCUCUCAGGUGUCCUCGGGCGAGACGGAGUACAUCCCCACGGAGCCAGCAGGGAAGUGAGAGGGACACCGCAGGAGAGGACACAAAGGGACACGAAGGGACACGCUCACCCCACCGUGCUUUCAGCCUCGACUCGGCCAGCGGGGCCAAUGGCCAUGAGGGGGUCGGGGAGCACGAGAGCCGAGAGGACUGUCCUCAGGCCCAGCCUUGACUGCUGCCCCUCUGCACUUCACUGCUGGGGAUAAAGCACUCCCCACCACCACCACCACCACCACCACUACUACCACUGUUUUUAUAUGAGUGUGCGAGGAUAAAGCAAUUAUUUUCCAAAGCUGCACUUUUUAAAUGAAACUCUUUUUAAAAAUUGGUGUUUUUAUGUGGUAGUUGUACUUUUAAAAGAGGCUGUUCCAAAGAUUUUUUUUUUUACACACUCCUCACUUCUGCUGUACUAAUGGUUUGUGUCAGACAUUUGGUGUAAACAAGGGAUGUUUAGGUUUUAUGUAUUUUAAUGUUUUCAUUUCAUCCUGUGGAGGCGUGUCUGCUGUAAUACCCCAGUAGAUCACAAGAGGGACACAGGCGGUUCCCUGUGUUUGCUGUGUGAGCUCAUAGCUACAAAGCAAUAAGGAAUGUGAAUGAUCAUUGUUUCUGCGUUCUUACUGAAAGUGCAAGAUACUGUAAUCAGUUGCUACAUGAGAUUCUUUGAUGCCUUAAAAAAACAAAUAUUUCUAUGUGUGUAUCAGAUUAAUGGUUUGGUUUUUUUCAGAUCAUGUUAAUGUGUUUUUUUUUAUUUAUCGUAAUUCUUGAUGUUCUUCACACUCCACUUCACAGUCCACCCAUAAUUAAGCCUCCACAUCAUACACAGAGAAGUACACACACACACACACACACACACACACACGUAAGCCAAAUAAAGCCUUCUUUACUUUACUUUACUUCACCUAUCAAACUAACCACACUGGACAUUUUAGACUUGGCAGAUAACUCGAUAACACACACACACACACACACACACACACACACACACAUACACACACACUCCUGCCUCUCUAACUCGUUAAAUGAUAAAGUGCCUUUGCUCUUAAAUUAAUUGUUUUUUUGUUCACUGUAUUAUUUGGGAAGCAGCAAUGCUGCCUGGUCAAUCAUGAAUGGCACUUUGUCACUAUGCAUUUCCAGACCAAACCCUGAAUAACCCUGAACCAUGUUUGGGCACAGUUUUAGUAAUUCCAUAUGAUAUGGUUUUCAUAGGGGCAUUUUACAGCCUGUCGACGAUGGUUUAUUUAUAAAGUAAAAGCAGGUAUAUGUUUACUUAUCUAGACAAUCUGGAGGUUUCUCCUCGGCAGUAUGUGUGUUCAGAACCAGCUACUUUUUGAAUUUGAGCUUGAUUACCCUGACAAAAAUGGAAAAAAAAUUGAGAAAAGUGAAGAUUCCAUUUAUUUCCCUUCCAUUUUUUCCCUUCCAUUUUUUCCCAUUCCAACCUAAAACAAACUUCUAAAUCUUAUCUGCAGAGUAAAUAUGGCUCAUUGAGCUAAUUCACAAAAAUGUUGUCUGCACAACUAGCAAGCUUAAAACGGGCCCAGUUGAGCUCGGAGCAGGACUGUAUGGGAAGGUUUGGUCAAAGUCUUCUAGUGAGAAAGUUGCGUUAGUGGCUCUGCUCCACUGCCAUGUUGGGUCGUCACUGCUGUAACCAUUACUGUACUGAUGCUGAAGGCUGCAGGAUUUUGUUGCUCUUGAACACUGAAAUGCUUUGAAGCUGUUUUUAUCUUGAGCGAGUGUGAAACAGAUGUGUGUGUGUGUGUGUGUGUGUGUGUGUGUGUGUGGCACUUGGAGUAAAGGAACACAAGAAUGUACUUCCUGUGAAGUGGCUGUGCAGCCAGUGAGACGUCUGCUUGAAUGAACUGCCCCAGCAGGACCAGACACAUGUUCACUUCACUCCUGCAGAAAAGUGCCUCUCCGCUGUGCCACACAUAUACCGUCUCUUUCGCGAUCGUGUCAAGGGAAACAUUUUGGGUGAACGCAACAACAGCCAAAAUGCAGGUCUCUCUCACAUGUUUCCUUGUGUGCUGAAUGUAUCUUUUCAAAUACAAUGCCAUAUCAGCCCUGGGUCUUUUCUCAUGGCAUAUGUAUCGUCGUUCAGCUUUCCAGAUGACUUGCUGUUACAGUUGUCAAUCCUGCUGCGUUAUGUCUGUGAUUGUAAGACUAUGAACAAAUUUGACUAAAAGAUCCAAGUGAAUAUGCUGUCCAUGCUGUGUGGCCUACUGAAUUAAAAGGGUGUUUUGCUGAA